AUGUCGGCGUCAUCCUGCCGGCGCGUGGUGCUCUCGUCGCCGGCCUAUCUGUGGCUGGCCAAGCUGCGCGCCCUGGAGGCGUGGGAGCUGGAGGGCGACUGGGACGAUGAGGAGGGCGGCGAGGGCGAGAUCGACUUUGCCAAGGAGCGUGAGCGCUGCCUGUUCGAGCUCGUGCUGCUCUUCAUGCAGUGGCGCUCGCGGCAGCAGACCCGAACGCGGCGCGGCGAGAAGGGGAAGUGGAAGCGGCUCCGCCUGCAGCGCAGGGCGCCGGCCGCUGGCGGCGAUGGCGACCUGCAGACGACGCCCAGCGCCACUACUGCCACGUCAGCAUCGACAUCUCCCGGCACCACCAGCGACGAACAAGAAGAAGAAGAAGCUGAUCAAGAAGAACAACCAGACGAACAAGAAGAGAAGGAGGAGACAGAGCGAGAUCACGAGGAGGAGAGGUUCCUGGAGCUCCAUGAGCAGUACCGGGCCGACUACCUGGCCGUCAAGGCCACCUUCGUCGAGACGUGUCUGCAGGUGGACAUGCGCUACACCCAACUCAACCGACUCUUCCCGUCCAUGAAGGACUGGGCCAGGGAGUGCGAGAAGGAACGCUACAAGCCGCUCUUGUUCGUGCUCAAGAAGCGAGGAUUCCCGUCGGUCCGCAGCUUCUACACCGACUACGAGAGCAUGCACGAGCCGCGCGUCGAAAAGGUGUCGUACUACAUCCUCGACUACAUGCACGAGUCGACCCAGAACCCCCAGCAAGCCACGCCCACCACCGCGCAGCCCGCCGGGCCAAAGAAGCCGCUCUACCCUUGGCAAGGCUGA